CAACAUAACAAAAUAAUGCAAAAAUAUGAAAAAUUGGAAAAAAUCGGCGAAGGUACCUAUGGUACUGUAUUCAAAGGACGUAAUCGAGAAACUAUGGAAAUAGUUGCCCUUAAACGAGUACGUUUAGAUGAAGAUGACGAAGGUGUGCCAUCCUCAGCCUUGCGGGAAAUAUGCCUACUUAAAGAGUUGAAACAUAAAAACAUUGUUAGACUGUAUGAUGUUUUGCAUUCGGAAAAGAAACUUACACUGGUAUUCGAGCAUUGUGAUCAGGAUUUAAAGAAAUAUUUUGAUAGUCUUAAUGGCGAAAUCGAUAUGCAAGUUUGUCGCAGUUUUAUGCUGCAGCUAUUGAGAGGUUUGGGUUUUUGUCACAGCCGUAAUGUUUUGCAUAGGGAUUUGAAGCCACAAAAUUUAUUGAUCAACAAAAACGGAGAACUUAAGUUGGCUGAUUUUGGUUUGGCUAGAGCCUUUGGUAUACCGGUGAAAUGUUACUCGGCUGAAGUGGUUACUUUGUGGUAUCGCCCGCCUGAUGUAUUAUUUGGAGCAAAAUUAUAUACCACUAGUAUUGAUAUGUGGUCGGCUGGUUGCAUAUUUGCCGAAUUGGCAGAUGCCGGUAGGCCUUUGUUUCCCGGUUCAGAUGUUUUAGAUCAAUUAAUGAAAAUAUUUAGAGUAUUGGGUACACCCACCGAGGACACUUGGCCCGGUGUUUCUCAUCUCUCUGAUUAUGUUGCUUUACCGCAUUUUCCCGCUAUUACUUCUUGGAGUCAGAUUGUACCGCGUUUAAACUCCAAGGGACGUGAUUUGUUGCAAAAACUCCUCGUUUGUCGUCCAAAUCAACGUAUUAGCGCCGAACAGGCUAUGCAACAUCCAUAUUUUACCGAUGGCCAUUAGAUUUAGAGCAAUAUUUUAAAAGGAAUUCCACAUAGUUACAUAUAUUGUUUAGAUGUCCUGUUAAAGAAAAUUGUAAAUGGAAUUCUCCUGGUACCAAAAAAAAAAAAAAAAAUAAUUUACUUGUAUUUUAAGUUUUGUUAAUAGACAACUAUUCUUCAUUCACCAUUUCAGUAAAAUUGAUUUUUUUUAGUUCAUUAGUUUAUAAUUGUAUAAUUAAGACUUAAAUGUAAAUUUAUGAUAUUAACCAGCGCUAUAAUUUGUUUAAACUUUUAAGAAUAUUAUCUAUUACAACAAAUAUGUGUAAUUAUUUUAAAAAAGUAUAUACUAAAAUAAAUCAGUUUAAAGAAGAACUCUUGUAUGAAAAA